CACGGUCCAAGUUUUGAUGACUUUCGCGUUUAUUUACUAUUUUGGCCGAUUCGACGAACUACUUAUCUCUGGUGUAAGUACGUACUAGAAGUAUCGAAAAUCAUACAAUGUCACCUUAGCUCAUCGAAGCAUGAUAACGCAAGUACUCAUGCUGCAUCGGCAUAGAGAUAAUGUUCCCCCCGUCGACACAACAAAAACACUAUAGGGAAACUUUCUAAAGUUCAUACUGAUACUGAUGGUGGUUGCACGUGCGGAGCAGUUUUAUUUCGAGCACUGCCGUGUCGACUCUCGAACCGAUUACAUCUAAAAGCUCAGUUGUACCGAUCUCUAACGUAAAAUUCAGACGACUCCCUUGCAUUUAAAAAGAAAAAAAAAAGGUCCGGAAGUAUGAAGUUUCCCGAAAAAUCUUCGCUCGCCAUCCUCACCGUACUCUGCACCGUAACAGCACAAUCCGCUGCUGCGGUCGUCGAGAAGCCCGAUUUAUACGAGCUGUCCAUCGUCCACCUGAGCGAUUUUCAUUCCAGAUACGAGCCAGUCUCACCGCCAAGUGGUAGCCUGUGCUACGACGCGGACAAGUGCGUGGGUGGCAUAGCCAGGGUCGCGCGGAUCGUCAAGCGGUACAAGGAAAACCAACCGAACGCCCUGUUUCUCAACGCCGGGGAUAACUUCCAGGGUACGCUCUACUACGACCUGUACCGCGGCAACAUCACGGCGCCCUUCAUGAACGACCUGCCCCACGAUGCCAUGACCAUCGGUAAUCACGAUUUCGACGACGGAGUGUCGGGUUUUGCGUCGUUCGCGAGGCAACUGAGAGCACCCGUGGUCGUCGCCAACAUUGACACCAGCAAAGAGCCGUCGAUGAAGAACGUCUACACCAACAGCACGACAAUCGUCAAGGGCGGCAAGCGCAUCGGUAUCAUCGGCGUCAUAUUCUCCGACACAGACAAAAUAUCAAAGACAACGGGGAAGUUGAAAUUCCUGGACGAAGUCGAGACCGUCAACGCCGAAGCGAAAAAGCUCAAAGCCCAGGGGGUGGACAUAGUAGUCGUGUUGAGUCACUGCGGCAUAGACCGGGACAAAUUAAUGGCCAAAGAGUGCCCGGACAUAAACGUCAUUGUCGGUGGACACUCUCACAUUCUCUUGUGGUCCGGCGCCAAUUCACCACCCUCGGGCGAGCUCGCCUACGACAAGUAUCCGAUCGCUGUCACCCAAAGGGACAACACCAAUAAAACGGUCCUAAUCGUUCACGCUGGUGCCUACACCAAAUACGUGGGCGACCUUAAAGUGGUAUUCAACGAGAGAAACGAAAUCGUUACUUGGUCCGGGAAUCCCAUAUAUUUGGACAGGGCAGUCAAAGAAGAUCCCGCGAUCCUCGAGAAAUUGCGACCGUGGAAAAUCGGCGUCGACAAAGUCGGCAAAGUCCACGUCGGCGAAACGAGGGUUUUUUUGAACGGCACCUGCUCUACGGGCGAUUGUAGUUUUGCCGAUUUUAUCACGGAUGUUAUGGUCGACAAGUACGCAGGUAGUGCAAACAUCAGUCUAAAUAGCGCGCUCAACAUCCAGAACAGCAUACCCGCGGGUGAAAUCGUUUACGAGGACAUUUACAUGACCCUGCCGUACAACAAUACCUGGGAUUUGAUCGAACUCGCAGGAUCGGACUUGCUGAAGAUCCUCGAAGAAAACGUUGCAGUCAGCGUGAGCAACACUAGUUUUAUCAAUUACAAGCUACUGCACUGGUCUGGCUUGAAAGUCACGUACAAUCUGAAGAACACGAAUUCUAAGGUUGUCGAGGUGAAAGUCAGGUGUUCCCAAUGUACGGAGGAAUUUGAGAUUUUGGAUCUUCAGAAACGUUACAGGAUCGUCGUUGCCAGCUAUCUUCUCACGAGUGCUUAUAAAACGAUUCAGAAAAAACACCGGCUCAUAGUCAAAGGUGAAACCAGAGACGUGGACAACUUGGUUGAUUACGUCAAGAGAGUCAAAGUGAUAAACGAUGUGAAACCAGGAGCUCGAAUGAUAUUUCAGUAGGCUAGAUAGUAUAUGUGAUUUAAGCUGAAAAGUAAAAUUUGUGUAGACGAAUAUAAGUAGCAGGAUUUGGAUGAAUGAUGGGAGGUCAAAUAUCAGUUGAAACGAUAGUUUUAUCUUUGAUAAUCUCUAUAUUUUUCAAUAGUUUCAUUUGAAUUAAGUUGCCACCUCACAGGCUCAUGGUCAUCAUUGUAUUCGUCAUCACUUGUAUUAAUCACGAUAAUCAUUAAGAGCAUUAUUUUCUCUUACAACGAUUAUGAAUUUUCAAUAAAGACAGUGCUUGAUCGGUUUUAUCAGUUUCAACAGUAAAAAAA